GGGAAGGAAGAUGGCGGCGCCCAGCAGCCGGUGAGGAGAGAGGACACGGGGCCCUCGGAGAGCGGCCGGACUCGUGCGCGAUGGCCACCUCCCCCCACACUCUCUCCUCACGCCUCCUGGCAGGAGGGGCAGGAGGGUGUGUCUGGUAUCUGGAGAGAAGAGCUGUGCAGGGAUCCCCGCACAGGUUUAUGCAUCUCUUCAGGAACGCCGGCAAGCAGUGGGUUACAUUUCAGCACUUCGCCUUCCUCAAGCGCAUGUACGUCACACAGCUGAACAGAAGCCUCCGCCAACAGAUAAAGCCGAAGUCAGAACCAAUGACCUCCUCUUUCCUUGAGAAAUCAUCUUCGAGUCAAGCCAAAGCGGAAGUAUAUGAGAUGAAGCCUUUUGCACCCUCCUCCCUAUCUUUGCCUAGAAAGCCUAAUGAAACCAAAUUGAUAGAACUAGAACCUGCCUCAAUAAUUGAAGGCUCAGUGGAUGUGGGAAAAGAGACAAAAGAUGAAAAGCAGUGGAAAGAGAUGAAGCUGCGUGUAGACGAUUUGCCAGGAAUUUUGGCUCGACUGUCCAAAAUCAAACUCACAGCUUUAGUUGUCAGCACCACUUCGGCGGGAUUCGCAUUGGCCCCGGGGCCCUUCGACUUGUCCUGUUUUCUGCUCACUUCCCUGGGAACAGGCCUGGCAUCCUGUGCUGCCAACUCCAUCAAUCAGUUUUUUGAGGUGCCGUUUGAUUCAAACAUGAAUAGGACAAAGAACAGACCUCUGGUUCGUGGGCAGAUCAGCCCGCUGCUCGCCGUGGCCUUCGCCACCUGCUGUGCCGUCCCCGGAGUCGCCCUUCUGACCUGGGGGGUGAACCCCCUCACCGGAGCCCUGGGGCUCUUCAACAUCUUCCUGUACACCUGCUGCUACACCCCGCUGAAGAGGGUCAGCAUCGCCAACACGUGGGUUGGAGCCGUGGUGGGCGCCAUCCCCCCCGUCAUGGGCUGGACAGCAGCAACGGGCAGCCUGGAUGCUGGAGCCUUUCUUCUGGGAGGAAUCCUCUACUCCUGGCAGUUCCCGCACUUCAACGCGCUGAGCUGGGGCCUCCGGGAAGACUACUCCCGCGGGGGCUACUGCAUGAUGUCCGUCACGCACCCCGCGCUGUGCCGGCGGGUGGCCCUGCGCCACUGCCUGGCGCUGCUCGUGCUGUCCGCCACCGCCCCCGCCCUGGGCGUCACCACGUGGACCUUCCCCGCCAUCGCACUGCCCAUCAACCUGUACAUUUCCUACCUCGGCUUCCGCUUCUACGUGGACGCGGACAGGAAGAGCUCCAGGAAGCUGUUCUUCUGCAGCCUGUGGCACCUGCCCCUGCUGCUACUGCUCAUGCUCACCUGCAAGCGGCCGACUGACAGGGACGGCGGGCAGCCCCGGAGCUGAAGUCGCUCCGGCCGCGGGGAAAACACCGGGAGCGCACACCUUGCCCUCUGCCGGGAGGCGAGAAUGGUGGGGAUUCGAGAGGAGAAAAGAAAUCCCCGGGUUCAGUACAAGGUUGCAAAGCGAUUUGGUGCUUCAUGAUCAUGCAACAACGUUUUCAGUGAUGACACACAAAAUCUUCCCAAAUAAGAUCUGGGCUGGCUCAGUGGGUUAAUACAAAGAAAGCCUAUAUUUCCCUUCCAGGGCCUUUACAUAUCUCUUCCCGCCCCUCCCCCCACUGCUGUUCUUCCUCACCUCCAUGAAUAAGUGCACCUCUUCCACCACCACCUUCCCCCAUCUCAAACCUC